AUGCCCAACUCAAAAAACUCCACAUCCUCAUUAUCCACCACUGUCAUUUCUUCUAUCCGAAGGAAGCCCAAAAUCACUUACCAGUCUCCUUCAGCAGACGUUCCCGCUACACUCCGCAUUGAAGGGCCAAGGCCUUCAUUCUCACGUACAAUCUCUUCUAGAUAUGGCUCAUCAUCUUCAUCACCGAAACCAAUUAGCAUGCCCCCUCCUCCUUCCACCGUACGUCCGGUGUCGUCGGGGAAGGGCACAGCUCAUUCAGCUAGGAAGAGGGACAAGUUUGCCACGGGAUCUUCACUCCCUCUAUAUCACCCACUGGGACGUUUGGCACUUUCUCUCCCAGAACUUGAUCCAUCUACUAUUGGGUUAUCUGCCCCACUUGUGGUUGAUGACGCUAAUCGUCGAUCUUCCGGACGUGCGCGUCGCCCUGCAGCGAAAGUACGCGACGCUGACGAAACAAACGAUUCCAUUUCUCAGGCUACCAAUGCAAACACUUCUACGCUCGAGGCAAAAGAGAAACAAAGUCCAAGACGAAGACGCAAUGGUGGUGGAGGGAACAAGCGGAAGCGGAGGGAGGGAGAUGACGGCGACGCGACAUAUCCCGCCAAACGAACUCGAAACCCCAGAGGUGCUGUAGCCGCCCCCACAUCUACUACUGCACGCACACCCACUUCAGACAUUUCUCCGCCCCAAUCAGUAGUUCGAGCUACCGGGUCACCCAGUGUAGCUGACAGCGCUGCUGAAGCGCCCGAGGAGAAGAAGCCUGAACGGAGGACUACCAGGUCACGUGGAGCACUGCUUCGGAGAGACUCAAGUGCUAGCGAAGCUACUGUCACUUCGGUUUCGGUAUCUGUCGCAGCCAGGCAAAAGAAUGAGGAAACCACAGAAGCUGAUAAACCCAAUGAGUUACCUGCUGCUGAGCCUGCUGAUGGAGGCGUCAAAGUACAGGUCGCCUCCACGCGCACGAGUUUGGAUAAAGGUGACGAGGCUAUCGGACAAGAUGCAGAAUCUAAGGAAGAACAUAGUGGACAGCGAAAGGAGUAA